UGAAAAUCCAAAUUGAAAUCUAAAUGGGUCCAACAUGCUAUACAUUGUAGAUAUUUAGCUGAAAACCAAACAACACAAGACUGAAAUUUCAUCAUUGAUUCACAAGAAGUCAACAAAAAAAAAGAUCAUUUUUUUCUUCUUUUUCAUAUUUGAUAAACUGAAGAAGAAGAAGAAUGGGGUCAAUAGCUAAAAAGGGGUUGCAGAAUUACUUCAUACAACUUCAGCAACACCCUUUAAGAACAAAGGCGAUAACAGCUGCAGUUUUGUCAGCUAUCAGUGAUAUAGUGGCUCAGAAGAUCACUGGCAUUAAGAGACUUCAAAUGAGACGCCUUCUUCUGAAAGUGUUGCUAUCUGGGAUUGUUAUUGCCUACAUGCAGCUUUUUGGCUUUGCCUAUCUUGGACCAUUUGGUCAUUUUCUUCACUUAUUGCUGGACAAGCUUUUCAAGGGGAAGAAAGAUACAGCAACUGUUGCAAAAAAGGUGGUUCUGGAACAAGUGACAUCUUCUCCUUGGAAUAACUUGCUUUUCAUGAUAUACUAUGGAUUAGUUAUUGAAAGUAGACCCUGGAUCCAGGUGAAGUCUAAUAUUAAGAGGGAAUAUCCAAAAGUGCAGUAUACGUCUUGGACGUUUUGGCCCGUCGUGGGUUGGAUUAAUCACCAGUAUGUGCCACUUCAGUUCCGAGUCAUCUUUCACAGCAUUGUGGCAUGUGGCUGGGGGAUUUUCUUAAAUCUACGUGCAAGAUCGAUGGCAUUAAAGAAAGCUUGAAAGUCUCAAAGUUGCAAACCGGACAUUGCAACAUGUUCAUAUGUAGUGAACGUUGCUCGUUCUCUCAGCUACUAGUGGCUUAUGUAGUGGUCGACAUUUCCUAUAUACCUACUAGUGGGCUUGUUGUAUUUUUAUUUUUUGGUUAUGGUUUUCUUGAAUAGUAGGGCUCUUUUAUCAGAAAGAUUGGUAGUCAUAGAACUCCAUUUUAGUUGAUGAUUGGCCUAUUAUGACUAUAAGGCUUAUUAUAAGGGAUAAUAUAAUUUAUUUGAUGUGACAAUUAUUGUUGUAUAUUUGUCCUGAA